AUGCAACUCCUGGCCAAGCACAGGAAGGUUCACUCAGAUGGCAUGCUUCAGCCAGAUAUGUUGGUUGCUGCAGAACGCAGUGGGAAGGGGGCUGCCUACUACAAUCUGCACCAGCUGUUUCAUUUUGUUCGAGCGUCCACUACUUUGAGAAACUCUUCCAAGAUGGGAGAUGCGCUGCAGAAUUGGCUCCAUCUAUUUUUUGGUUCGAAGGAUGAGGUUGCGGUCAUCAAUGACAAAGUCAAAUGCCCAUCUGGUGGGACUAUCUCGAGGGCACGGCCCAAAGUUGAUGUUGGUCUCAUGUUGAUGAGAAGGAAGUUUUGGAAGGAGAACUGGCAGAACACCUCCAUACAGCUAGGCUAUGAUGCGACGACCAUGGCGAAGGAGUUGAUGGUGGCUGAAGAACACACUAUCCAGCUGGCUCCAGCUGAAACUGCAUUCCUGCAGAGACAUCAGUGUCUAGAGAAGCAGCGGUUGAGGGCCAUUGAAAGGGCACAGCGGGCUAAGGUGCACAGCGCUUCAACACAAAGCCGCUGGACUGCUCCAUAUCCUGCACUUGGAGGAACUGAACUCAAUCUGGGAGCCAUGCCAUCCUUGGAUGUGCAAAUGCUGCUGGAUGAUGACGCUGUAUCUAUGUGCCUAUCUAUGUGCUCAUUGAAACCUGCGAAUGUUCCACAGGUCAUGCUCGAGUGCGAUGAUGUCAACCUGGCACUGGUUGCGCCAGCUGAGCCAGCAUCGCUGCCCAGUGUCGGUGAAGUGGUCCAAGUAAUGGGCUGCGAGAUAUCCGACAGUCUUGCUUCACAGGAGGCCGAAAACUAUGUGGCUGGAAGCUCCAAGGAAUGGAACUCUGC